GGCAGACAAGAGUCUUCUCGCGAGACCUGAGACUUUGGUUGUUGUGGACAUGAAGCUGCAAAGUUUUUGUUUGUGCUUAGCUGGCGUUAGUGUAAAACGUAUCAUGUGCUUUAAUCAACUUAUUCACAAACGUUAGACAGGCUUCGUGGCGAUGAAUACCUUCUUGAACAUUUGCACACAGUUUGACUCUUCUUCUGCAAGAAAGGGCAUGAGACUUCCGCAUCCGUUAAUUUUGAUUUCGCGGGUCAGCACAAAAGAGCUGGCGUUAAAUCGAUUUUUUUUGUUUAGAGUUGAGAUAUUGCACACCAUUUUUGACAACUUGUAAUUUUCCGUAAACUCAUGCCACCAUUAAUUCGGCGUUUAAACGGAUAUUUGAACACUUGGUUAAUCUGUUUUUGCGUGUUGUCACGACGGGGCAAAAAGUCACCACGGUGCUAUAUCAAGAUACAAGCAUGUCACUGUUGUUUGUGGUAGAGCAAGCUAUCAAGUCAUACAAAGCUGAACAAGCCAAGAUUAAUGAAACUAUUCAACGCUACAGAGAAAUAUUGCAGACAUUAACACAACCUAAGAUGGACUCUGAAGAGCCAGAAUGUGCAGCUGCUGCAGACACAAGAACCUCAGUGGCAGAGAUGGAAGAUAUAGAGCUGCUUGAGCGAGCACUGGAGAAAGCCCUUCAGGUCCGCACUGGCUCAGCAACCUCUAAAAAAGACCCUGGCAGAAACAAGCAACCCGGACUUCGAAAGGAAGCAGGCACUGCAACAGUCACAUCCAAAGAUGUAACACAGUCAUCUGCAGCAUCUAAAGGAAGUCAAACAACCAUCCGAUCAACCUCAAAGUCUGCCAGUCUUAACAGAAAACAGCACAAAAAGCCUGGGUCAUCAGUGCCUUCAGCUAGGUGCAGUUCUGGACAGUCCAAAACCACAAAUAAUAGAAACAUAAUCCAGAACCAUCCUGUCUCAUCAGCUUGGGUUGUGCAUCACCAGGCAGCCAACAAAUUGCAGCAGACUGGUUCAGCAUCUGGCUCUUUUGAUCACAGCUCAACCUUGCACUGUAACAACAAGACUGGUAGAAGCAAUGUGCAGAGCGUUGAUGACCUGGACAAAGCUGCAGCUAUUUCCACACUUUCUUCAACUGACACAAUGCCAUUUUCACACACAGAUGAGUCUGGAGCUCACAGUUUACUUCAACACAGUGGCAUACCUUCUGAGCAGACGGCAAAAUGGAAAUCUUUACAUAGCAAGCAAAACAGGUUGUGGGACAAAGUUCUCACCUUACAACGGAAACCUGUGCCUGGGAGGAGUCGCUUCAUGGAGAGAAUGAGAGCUACGUUCCCCAAGGAUUGGCCAUGUGGUAGCCCAGAUCAGACCAGGGCUCUGGUUGACAGGCUGACUCACCAAGGCCAUGAUCUCAUCCAGUGCUACCAAACAAACGCGCUUUUGGCCAAGCAGACCCCAGAAGUGGCCACAGAAAUGGUUAUGCUGAAGACCCUGGACUAUGCAUUUGAGAUUGUUCUGAAGUUCUUACAGUUAACAUGA